AUGCCUGUCACCGUCCCGGUCCACCCAACGCUCGUCGCGGCCAACACUGUUUCAGAUGUGACAGCAGAUUUUCCGACCUUCAUUUAUUUUACUCGUACCGAAAUUAGCGUCUCUAUUUGUGGGUCCCAGUCAAAAGACCUGUCCGAAGUUACGCGGGAAGGUAUAGCCGCUCUCUUUGAGAAGAAUAUGGAGCUUCUGUACCAGGCGUCAAACUGGGGAUACGAAUCUAGAGCUAAGCGUGAAGAGCUGUUUGCAGACGAAGCGCGGUACCUUUUGGUCUAUGACGAGAGUAUCCAGGCGCUGCACCCCUUAAAGCCACUCGUAGGCUUUGUCCACUUUCGGUUCCUUGAUGACGACGGCGCUCUGGUUUUGUAUCUCUACGAGGUCCAAUUGGCGGCCAAGGUGCAACGCCAAGGACUUGGAAAGUUCCUUAUGACACUGCUGCUCUUGGUGGCCAAGAAGCACGGGAUGGAGCUCUUGGUACUUACGGUUUUCAAGCGCAAUACGGGAGCCAUGAGGUUUUAUACAGAACGAAUGGGCUUCGAGAUCGAUGAGACGUCGCCAAGUGCAUGUGGAGAUGACUCGCAGGAUUACGAGAUCUUGAGCAAAAGCGUCGUCAAGAAAAAGUAG